ACUGAUUCGGCACCGAGGGGGAGCCAGAAAAGGCCAUUCAGAUUGCAAACGGGCACACAGGGGAUGGGCGCAGGCGCAGGUACGACGCAACGACCCUGGCACUGAAUAAACCGACCAUGGAUCGCUGGAAAGGUCAGGUACCACCCAGCCCGUUUGGCAUAGUAAGAGCGCGAGGGCGUGCGUACCUACCUACUGUAGGCUGAAAGAGGCGACAGGGAAGGACCCACUUCGGUGGAGGACUCAAGCGGCGGGUGACUCCCCCGCUCCACGCAACCUCCUGUUAGCCUGGGGACUGCCUUAAAUCAUCCAGCAACCUGCCUACGUCAACCAACCAAGCCUACAGCCACCAGCCACCGCCUGGAGCCUGGAACCUGCACAAAACCCCCAUCACAACAGCCCGCCAACCCAACCCACAUCCUCAACCUAUCUCUACCAUCCUCCCAGCUGCCAGACACAAACCAAACCUAGUCACCUUCAUCACCGCCGCCGCCCGACCGACACCGCCAAGAUGCGAUCCAAGUUCAAGGACGAGCACCCCUUCGAGAAGCGCAAGGCCGAGGCGGAGCGCAUCCGCCAGAAAUACGCCGACCGCAUUCCGGUUAUUUGCGAGAAGGUCGAGAAGAGUGAUAUCGCCACCAUCGACAAGAAGAAAUAUCUUGUCCCGGCGGACUUGACCGUAGGCCAGUUUGUCUACGUGAUCAGGAAGCGGAUCAAGCUCUCGCCCGAGAAGGCCAUCUUCAUCUUCGUUCAGGACACCCUCCCACCCACGGCGGCGCUCAUGUCUAGCAUCUACGAGCUACACAAGGAUGAGGACGGGUUCCUGUACAUCACCUACUCUGGCGAGAACACGUUCGGCGACAUCUUCGAGGAGGCCGUUUGAGUGGGAUAGCCGCUACUCCACUGCUUUCUCUUGCUUUGCCUAGCCGAAGCCUGGUCUUGGCCCGCCUUGGAGGGGUCGUACGUCACUUGGCUUGAUGCCCGUCACUUUUGACUUAUUGCUUUCUUAUUUAUCUUGGCGUUAAGAGUGCUCCUUUUUUUUUCCCAGUCGAUACAGACUUUGAGCUUGUGGAGAGUUAUGGAAGGAUAGCCUUUUAGGCAACCACUCUUUUUCCGGUCGGAGGUUGGCGAGAUCGGUGGUGUAUUGACGGAGCAACAGCACGGCCCACCGUUUACCGGCAUCUUGUCGACCCCUUCACCCCUGCUCGCUCCAGGGGCACGGCCGAGCGGUGGGCCAAGGCCGAUCCGGAGCAUCCGGGGGCUGUUUUUGGCGCAUCAAAUCAUGGCGUUGCCGCUGCCCAAGAACAGCCCUCUGUUUGGUUUUCCUUAGAUUUGCUAGUUAUUUGCCCACAACAGAUUUGAGGUUUUGCCCAAGACGACCGGGUCACCCGUGCGCUGCCUAGAAUGUGUGAUGAUGCUCAG